UUUUAUAUUUAAAAAGUUUGAAAUAUCGUGUCACACGGGGAACAAUCUGAAUUCUCAAGUAGAGUAUCAUCUAGGGUUCUUAAAUUCCAAGUUAUCUCAAUUCCGAUCCAAUUACUUUUUACAAAUCAAAUCUCUCAACCAUCUAGACAAGAUCUUGACCGUCUGAUUGAUACCUUUUUCUUUGAAUAUGGUUGAAAUUUGCAAACCCUACAUCAAUUUCAAUCAAAGUUCAAAUUUUUAUUGCAAUUUUAGCGUUUCUGAUCCUUUUGGCAGAUAGUUUUACCUAAAUUCAAGAAAAGGGUUGAUUUGUUUGUGUGUUGAUUUUGAAGAUAGUCAGGAGUGUGAUAUUGGGGUUUAUGUUUUCUGUUUGAAUUAUAGGUCAAAGUUUGUGUUUUUUUUUUGUCAGUAAGUUGUGUAAAAUCUUUUUAUUUUUUAUUUUCUUGUAGUAAGUGGGGUUUGAAUCUUGGUUUUUCCUCUUUUUUGUGAUCAGUGGGUUGUGUAAAAACUUCUUGUUUUAUUUCCUUUAGUGAGUGGGUUGUGAAUCUUGUUUUUCCCUCUUUUGUUGUGAUCAGCGGGUUGUAUAGAUUUUUUUAUUUUUUUUUAAUUUUCUUUAGUAAGUGGGGUGUGAAUCUUGAUUUUUCUCUCUUUUUUGUGAUCAGUCGGUUGGAUAGAUUUUUUUAUUUUUUUUAAUCUUCCAAGUAUUAUCAUGUAUAUAGAGGAAGAGAAGGGAGGAGAGUUGGAGACUAGGGAGGAGGAGGAGGUGGUGGGUGGAGUGGUAGAGAAGGCAGAGCAAGUGACUACUGAUGGUAAGGUGUUGUGUACUAGUGGAAAGAAUUCUAUUGUUGUGGAUGUAAGGAGGGUCAUGGUUGGAGUUGGUGCUCGGGCCUUGUUUUAUCCGACACUUCUGUAUAAUGUUGUUAGGAACAAGAUUCAGGUGGAGUUUCGCUGGUGGGACUGGAUUGAUGAGUUUGUGUUAUUAGGUGCUGUCCCUUUCCAAUCUGAUGUGAAAAGGCUAAGGGAGCUUGGUGUCUCCGGUGUUGUCACCCUUAAUGAGCCAUAUGAGACUUUAGUUCCAACUUCUUUAUAUGAGGCUCAUGGUAUUCGUCAUUUGGUUCUCCCCACAAGAGAUUACUUAUUUGCCCCAUCACUGAACAAUAUAUGUCAAGCAGUAGAGUUCAUCCAUGAAAACGCUUCCAAUGGACAAAGUACAUACGUGCACUGCAAGGCUGGUCGAGGACGUAGCACGACCAUUGUCUUAUGCUACUUGGUUAAGUACAAGCAGAUGACACCAAAUGAUGCAUAUAACUAUGUGAAGUCGAUUCGUCCAAGGGUGCUUUUGGCCUCUACCCAGCGACAGGCUGUCGAAGAAUUCUACCAUCUUAUGGUGAAAAAGACAUACAGUUCAAACCCGUUAACUAGUCUGAUCUCACGGAGCUCAAAGUUCUUGGCUAGACGGAAUUUGUUAGCCUUCGAUGAUGGUGCUGUAGUUGUGAUAACCGAAGCAGAUCUAGAUGGAUAUGAUUCGAGCGUUGACUCUAGGGUGGCUGGAUCUGAGAUUUGGGCUGAUUUGAAUUUGAUUUACAGGGUUCGAGUUGCUGGUGGGGCAGCCUUAGCAAGACUAUCAUGUAUGUGGCUUCGCUGCCACACCGACCAGAAGAUUCCGAACCAGAAGCUGAAUGCAGAAAGCAAGCAGCUGGAAAGUUUUACUGUAGAUAUACAUGUGUUCUCUUAAGUUAAAAGUUGUACAUAUUUUCUUCAGUAUAUAAAGAUGCUACAAGGCGCCUACUGUUUCAGCUUUUUCUCUACCAAAAACCUUGACGUUCUCAAUGCAAAUAUGAGAUAUAUCUCAAGUUUCAAAUGAGAAGUUUAAGAGUGUAUGUAUAUAUAGCUUUAUGCAAAGUUUGAACUUUCAUGAUGUAGCUUACCACCUGUUAGAAUAUUUUGUGGUUCCUUAACGGGGAAUUUGCUACUAGAUCAUGUAUAGAUAUGCCUAAGGUUUGCAUAUAAAUUCUUGGUCUGUUUAUUCA